AUGUCCUUCAGCCCAAAGCACUCCACCCCCUUCUCAGUCACCGACAUUUUGAGCCCCAUGGAGGACAGCUACCGGAGGUUUGGAGGCGUGGAUCCCGCUGCGGGGAGUCUCGGCUCCCACCUGGGCUCCUACCGGCAGCAGCAAGUCUCCCAUCAGCCCGGUACGCAGCAUCAUCAGCACCCGGCGCAGCAGCAGCAUCAGCCGCCUCAUCUCCAUCACCACCAUCAUCACCAUCACCACCUGUCCUCCUCUUCAUCCUCAUCCUCCUCCUCUUCCUCAGCCGCAGCAGCAGCCAUGGGACCCGCCGGGCCCUACCACCAUGUGCCCCACCACGGGGUCCCGCAGUUCUCCGGGGCCGUAGGAGGGUUCUGUAACGGCGGCAUCGGGAACGUGGGAGAGCUGCCGUCCUACCAGGACACGGUGAGGGGCGGAGGGGCGGCGGCAGCGUGGUACAGCAACCCCGAGCCCAGAUACCCGACAAUUUCCAGAUUCAUGGGCCCCCCCGGCGGGAUGAACAUGUCCGGGAUGGUGGGCAGCUUGGCCGGGAUGGACUCCGGCGCCAAGUCCAUGGUGACGCUGCACGCGGCUCCGCGGAGGAAGCGCCGGGUGCUCUUCUCGCAGGCGCAGGUGUACGAGCUGGAGCGGCGCUUCAAGCAGCAGAAGUACCUGUCCGCCCCGGAGAGAGAGCACCUGGCCGGGCUGAUCCACCUCACCCCGAACCAGGUCAAGAUUUGGUUCCAGAACCACCGAUACAAGCUGAAGCGGCAGGCCAAGGACAAGGCCGGGCACGCGCAGCAGCAGGAGGGGGGAAGCGGCGCUGGGAGCGGCGGAGGUCUGUGCUCAACGAGCCACCGCGCCUCCUCCGUGUCCCCGGUUCUCUCCAAGAACGGUAAGGGCUGCCGGAACGACUCCAGCGGCUCCAACCAGACCGGAAACCGACAGAGCAGCGCGGGGGAGGCCAUGACGGCGACCCCGCAGCAGCAGGUGAACCAGCUGUCGUCCACGGAGGAGCUGGAGGAUUUGUCCCCAAGUCCACCGAUGGGACUGCAUGGUCAGAUUAACAUGACGCAGGCGGACGCGGCGCUAAUAGAGUACACAAACAGCAUGAUCGGCUCCAAUUUACUGUACGGGAGAACUUGGUAG